AAGGUGCGUUUACAUUAGGGCCCGAACGCGAACAAACGCUAGCGAAUGCCACCGAAUACAUUCGUACGCGAAUUUGUUGAUGAUUCGGCCGUUUACUGUGUUCGGGACAAUUCGCGGUCGUUCGGGCUUGUACUUCAGGAUUCGCAUUGAAUUCGCUUUGAAAGCCAAUAUGGUUUAAAAUAUUCAGUUGUGGUCACACUACUAUUCAGUAAACACGUGUACAUUCUGUUUAAAUUUGUUGUUUUUUAAAUUAUUUUGUUUUUAUUUAUUAUUAAAAAUGUCGUCAAGUGAAGAUGCCGAUGACUUAUUGCUAGCUUGUGCGUGUGCUAUUACUACAAAACUAUUGGCGAAAAAGAAACAAAGAAAAAAACGUCGUUGGUGGAUGCGAUCGCUGUAUCGGAACAGAGAGUUAUAUAGUGGUAGUAUGUUACUUAAUGACUUAAAAAAUGAAGACGGAGACCAUUUCAAGAACUGCUGUAGAAUGACACCGGAAACGUUCAACAAUUUACUCAAUUUAAUUGAAACCAAAAUAAGAAAAGAAGAUACACAGUUUAGAUUAUCUAUACCAGCAAAUGAAAGACUAGCUUUAACCCUCAGAUACUUGGCCACAGGUGAUUCUUUUGCAAGUUUAUCAUUACUUUUUAAAGUAUCAAAAUCAUCCAUUUCGUCCAUAGUUCCGGAAGUAUGCACUGCAAUAAUUGAAGAACUACAAGAUUAUAUAAAGAUGCCAACAACCCAAGAAGAUUGGUUAAAUGUUGCCAAAAAAUAUGAAACAACUUGGAACUUUCCUCAUUGCCUUGGUGCAAUUGAUGGAAAACAUGUGCAAUUGCAGGCACCUAUUGGUAGUGGAAGUGAUUACAUUAAUUAUAAGUCAACGUUUAGUAUUGUUCUCAUGGCGAUAGUUGAUGCCGAUUAUAAUUUUUUGUACGCAAAUAUCGGUUGUCAAGGCAGAAUUUCGGAUGCAGGAGUUCUUCGGAAUACGCCAUUUUUUAAAAAACUUGUAAGAAAUGAAUUAGAACUUCCACCAGCAAACAAUUUAAAUGGAAGAGAAAAAAUAGUACCAUACGUGUUUGUAGCUGAUGAAGCUUUUCCCUUAAUGGAAAAUAUACUUAAACCCUAUCCUGGAAGUCAUGCAAAAGGAUCAACCAAAAGAAUAUUCAAUUAUCGAUUGUCUAGAGCCCGAAGAGUUGUGGAAAAUGUUUUUGGCAUUCUAUCAGCAGUGUUCAGAGUGCUUCGAAAACCAAUGCUGCUUGAACCAAAUAAAGCAGAGAUUGUAAUCACGGCAUGUGUAUACUUGCACAAUUAUUUACGAAAAAAUAAGUCUUCGAGAGAUGCAUAUUCACCAUCAGAUUUUUUUGAUCGCGAAGUCGAAGGACGUAAUAUUGGUGGAACGUGGAGACAAGAAACUAACAAUGCUUUACGUCCGUUAGAAAGAGUGGCAAGAAGAGCUACACGAUUAGCAGAAGAAAACAGAAAUGAGUUUGCAGACUAUUUUUGUGGAAAUGGUGCAGUAUCGUGGCAAGCAGAAUUAGCUUAAAAUUUAUUUUUUAGUAAAUUAUAUCAAGAAUGGUUAACUUAAUAAAUUAUUAAUAUACAAAUUAUAUUUAAUAAGUAAAAUUUUCUAAAUACUGUGACAUUAUAUUUGUUAAAACCCAGGCGAGCUACGUAUGCAUAUGAUCCAUCUAAUGUUUAAUCAUGUGCAUGUUGUAUUAUUAAAUCGUGUAUAUUGUAUAAUAAUGUUGUAAUAGGUAUAGUUUGUAUUCAAACUAGAAACCAGAAAAUAAUAAUUUACUUUAUUUUUAGCAUAGUUUAUGUGUCAUGCAAACGGAAAACCAAAAACAUUGUCCAAAUAAUAACCAAAUAUUUUAGCAGUGAAAAGGUUAAAAAUAAACGUUAUUAUAAAAUGUUUAAUAUUACGUUUAUAGAAGCAUAUUUCAGACAUAUACUAUUUUAAUAUGACCAUAACUUUUCUCGAUAUUACUGCCAGUAAAUUUAAGAAAAAUAAUUAUUCAUUUGUAAUUUUUAAUAACUUAAAUAUAAAGUACUUACAUCAAAGGUAUCUUUAGUUUCUCGUGGCGAAAAUGUAUCGUUCAAAAACUGCAUAGCUUUAAAAGCAAACCACUUGGAAUGAAACACUUCAUCGGCUCCAGCACCAGAACGUUUCGAGUUUGCUUCAAGGCGACGUUCUCUUCUAUAUGAGGCUUGUAAACUUUCCAUCUUCCUCUUAACUUCAUUUAUAUUUUUCUUCAUCUCCUUACUUAUCUCAGCCCAAUAAUCAAUUUUUCUUUUUGCCAUCUUAUAUUGACUAUUGGUCGGAUCCCAUAGAAUUGGUCUGGCUUUAUACAUUUCAAUGAGAAGUAGACACUCUUCAUCCGUCCAAUCCAUUAUUUAUUUUUUAAUAAAAUAUAUUAUUACACUUAAUAAAUUAAAUUUAAAAAUUAUUCAAAUUGCAAAAACCGCGAUGAGCGAGAUAAUUGGUCCCGAACUUAACCGAAUCAGAAAUGACGGCCGAAUAUCGUUCGAACUGAACGAGCGUUACUUUUGAUUGUACCGCCAUCCGAGCGAGCGUCACCGAGCGCGAACGAAUCGUUCGGCGCCCAUUCGCUCGCGUUCGGCAAACCGUUUACACUACUGCAUUCGGUACGAUUCGUUCGCGUUUGUUCGCGUUCGGGCCCUAAUGUAAACGCAC